CCCAGUGAUCUUAAGCUUCCGCAGAGCUUUUUGGACCAUCAUAUUCCAGAGUUCGGCAAAGGAUUAGAGUACAUCAUCUCUAAGGAGCCUUCGUUGUACCCGUUAAUUGUAUUUAAACCGUUUGAACAGUUUGCCAUUAGUGUGAAACCUCGAAGCACUGAUAUGGAACACUUUGGUGGACUAUGCCGCACCAUCAUCGGACAACAAGUUAGUGGAGCCAGUGCCAAAUCCAUAGAAUUCAAGUUCAAGUCCCACUACGGUGGUGUGCUUCCUACACCUCAACAAGUGCUAGAUGCGACUGUUGAGGAACUGCGUGAGUGUGGUAUAUCUAACAGGAAAAGCGAAUACAUCAAGAGCAUCGCACAAAAGUUUCACAGUGGAGAGAUAAACGCCAAGUUCCUACAAGAUGCAUCAGAUGAAGAUAUUUUGAAGAAAUUGGUUGAGAUCAAGGGAAUUGGGGAAUGGAGUGCAAAGAUGACCAUGGUCUUUGGAUUGCAUAGAUGGGAUGUGUUUGCACAUGACGAUUUAGGCGUUGCAAGGGCGAUGUCCCGUUAUUUAGAAGGACGACCACAACUGCUCUCAAUGGCAAAGAAAGAAGUUGAUCUUUCUAAUUUCAAAAAGAGAUCAACGUUUGACGACAAGAAGAAAAGAGACUGGAAAGUCAUACACGACGCAUACGUUCAGUAUAUUGCAGAUAUCUUCAAACCUCAUAGAACUGCGUUUAUGCUUGUUAUGUGGAGAGCCAGUUCUACGGACAUUGACGUUUUG